AUGGAGGAAUUGCCCUUAGAUGAGUUAGCGGUUGUUCCUGGGCCAAUCAGCGCCGAGAGCCCUCAGAACCCCGCCCUCCUCCUGCCCAAUGCGGUGAAAGGGUCUGCAGUCUCAGAGCCGCCCUCGCCCCGCCCAUCGGUGGGGCCAGCCCUGAGUGGGAGGAGCCACGAGAAAGCCCCGCCCACUCAGGAGCCGCGACCGAGGCGCGGCGGGUGUUACGGCGCAUCCUGCGGCCUCGCGGAGACGGAGCCCGAGCGCCCAGCAGGGACGCUGCCCUUCCCGAGGCGCAAGCUCCAGGGCUGUGCGGCAGGCCGGAUGGGUGGUCGCGGCAGCCGCUCCGAAAGCCUUGCUGCGGGGGAAGCGAACGGGCGCCGAGAGCGGGACGGGGAACUGGGACCUAAGUCUCCAGGUUCUCUUUCUGGAUCCUUUCCCCUGAACAGAUUUUUAUUUUACCUGCGAUCCCUGAGAGUACAUGGGAGAGCUAUUGCCAACUCCUUCCCUGGGGUGUGUCUGACCCACCUUCAGGUCCGAGGAGCUGCAGGUGUGACUGAUGGGAAUGAAGUGGCCAAGGCCCAGCAGGCAGCUCCUGGGGGAGCAGCCCCAACCAUCUUCUCCCAGAUCUUGGAUCGAAGCCUCCCAGCUGACAUUCUGUAUGAGGACCAGCAGUGUCUCGUAUUCCGUGAUGUGGCCCCUCAGGCUCCUGUGCACUUCCUGGUCAUUCCUAAGAAGCCCAUUCCUCGGAUUAGCCUGGCUGAAGAAGGAGACCAGCAGCUUCUAGGACACCUUCUCCUUGUGGCCAAGGAGACAGCAAAGGCUGAGGGGCUGGGAGAUGGAUACCGACUUGUGAUCAACGAUGGGAAGCUGGGUGCACAAUCUGUGUAUCACCUGCACAUUCAUGUACUUGGGGGCCGACAGCUCCAGUGGCCUCCAGGUUGAAGCUACCAACUGAUGAAGGACCCCAGGCCCAGAUGCUUGGUUGGGGUGGGGAAAAAGGGACCCUGUGAUGCUAAUAAACUUGCUCUUUCUCA